CAAAAAUUAAUAAACACCUUGCAAAAGCACACUUCACAAGUUAUAGCUGAUAUUUUAUUGACAGUGCAUGAGCUCAAAACUAAAGUAAAAAACAUCCUUUAAAUACUUUAAAUGGACAUCGUUCAAACAGCACAAUACUCAACUCCUCUUAUCAUUUUCUAUAUGUACUUUUGUAAUUUGUUAUAUUAUUAAAAAUUGUGGGGAAAUGCUAUAAAUCCACAAAAUAAAACAAAAUUAAAAAAACACCAAUUUCUUUUUCCCCUGCAGUUCACACUCAAUCACAUAACGACUUCUUAAUUACAGACUAGAUGUUUCGGUUGUUUUGACUUUUUUUAUUUUUAAUUUGCCCCCUAAAAGUUGCAUUACUUGUAAUAAAAACAACAUUCUUAAUCUGAAUAUAUAACAGCUCUUUUUCUCUGACCAUAUUAGUUUAGCCGAAGACGUUUGUGUGUUUAGACACUAAUGAUGAUAAUCUUGUCAUCACCAAUGAUUGACCAUGUGUGUGUGUGUGUGUGUCAGUGUGGACUCUGGCCCACAGGAGCAUCUGUUGUACUCCAGUGCUCAGCCGUCCUGUGCACUCCAUUAUCCCCCAGCAUAGAGUGCGUGUCAGCGCUGCAGGUGCCCCAUUAAGGUGAUGUGUUUAAUCAUCAAUUCAACUCAGGAACUGCCCUCUUCUCGCCCGCAUCACACUCUCCUCUCAGGCUUUACAGAAACACGUCGCCCAGCCCAGAGCUCACUUUUCACCAGCAGAUACAGCUUGGGGUUUGACCGUGUGUGUGUGUGUGUGUGUUUCAGAUCAGCAGAAGGCAAUUUAAGGACUAAAAUUAUUUCUUUUAAAGGUGGUUGUAUUUGCGAGAGCACGAGUCUUAAAACCAUUAAACGCACCUCUCAUCUUUUUAUGUGUGAACCUUGAGGAUGUCCAACUCCACCGUCAACUUCUACAGCGUGCCGCAGGCCGUCAGCUUCUCGGACAUCAUUGUCAUCGCCACAUAUUUCCUUCUGAACCUCGCAGUAGGCAUCUGGUCUUCAUGCAGAGUGAGCAGGAACACUCUGAGUGGGUAUUUCUUGGCUGGCAGAGACAUGGCCUGGUGGCUGAUUGGGUCGUCUCUUUUUGCCAGUUCAGAGGGUUCUGGUCUGUUUAUCGGGCUGGCUGGGACCGGAGCUGCAGGCGGCAUCGCUGUCGCAGGAUUUGAAUGGAAUGUGAGUGCUUCAAAUACAGCACACGCUCAUCAAAACGUCAUUUGUUCUGACUGGUCUAUUUAUAACGACGAGACAUAUAAACUGUGGAAUGAAGCAGGCCGAGUUGUGACACUUAAAGUAAAGGCGACGUGUAUCUUAAAAAAAAUAAUCUUCCUUUUGUGCCUGGAAAAAAAUUUAAAGUUUACGUAGCUUUUCUGAUACAUGAUGCCUGGUUUCCUUUUUAAAAAACUCCUUAAAAUGAG